UUUAAAUUCCAACAAUAGGGCAUUGUGAUUAUGAGAGACGAUAUCAACUGAAGAUGAGAUAUUCUACAUUAAGAACUAUGGAAUUGCCUCUUGCUCACCACAAUUUUGAGAUUUACAUCUUUCUUUUUCCCUCUAAAGUCAUCCUCUACUUUUUAUGUUUGUUGUUUCAUAAAAUGCGAUUUCAGAUUUUUUUAAAUUGCGUGUUUUCUUUCUGUCAUAAACCCUUGAAGCAGACAUGAAUACUUGUUCCAAAUCAAACUACUUCAGUUUGUUGUGAGCCAUUAUUUUGUGAUCUGCCAAUUUCUACUUUUUGAGAUUUAUUUUCUUCCGACCUGGGCUUAUUUUGUUUCUUGUUGAUUGUUUGGUUAUGUGAACAGUUUCUAUCACUAUUAGACUCUGAGCUUGCCUUCAUUUGUGAAAUUCUACGAGAUUGUUAUGAAGCUUUUGCUUUGUAUUGCUUUGAGAGAUAUCUCAUAGCAUGCUUAGGUAUGUCGAUUUUCGCUUUACUUAGAAUAUUGUUUUAUUUAAAAUAUUUCUUUAAAAACCUUCACAAUUUCUAAAUCUCAUACUUAUCUAGUUAGUAUUGUAUUAAUUUAUUUUUCUUUUUAUUUCUUCUUCUAGAGAAUUCUCCUCCAGUUAAACUCCUUGAAUGUAGCGAUUCUCAAAUUCAAAUUUCAUCAAUGGGCUUAGUGCAUAUACUAUAGUGUCUGAUUUUAAUUGUGUCAAUACAAACUAUGAAAUUGUAGUUGAUUCAAUAUUGCGUGAUGAUAGUCUCUAUAUUCACAUCUGCCAAUUGUUUGACAAACUUUACUUUUGUUGUGUUCCGCCAAGAGAAAUAUUUCACUAUGUCAAAGAAUUAUGUCUUGCAGGUGGAGAGGAAAGUUCCAUUAAAUUUAUGGAAGGCCAAAGCUUGGUUACCUCUUACUUAUCUCUUGUAGAUGAUAUUUAUGCUUACGGAAUUGUUCGACAUCCUUUUCCAUUAAAUUGCUUCUUAAGGGAUUGGAAGCUUGGUUCUGAAUUCUAUCAAGCUGUAAAAAUUGGCAUUGUGCAGUAUAUGAUAUUGAAGAUGAUAUGUGCAUUACUUGCGAUGAUUUUUGAAUCUCUGGGUGUUUAUGGCGAAGGAAAGUUCGAGUGGGGAUAUGCUUAUCCGUAUUUAGCGGUAGUACUAAAUUUCUGCCAAACCUGGGCCUUAUAUUGCCUUGUGCAGUUUUAUUCUGUUACGAAGAAUAAAUUGGCACCGAUUAAACCUUUGGCCAAGUUUUUGACAUUUAAGUCAAUUAUCUUCCUGACGUGGUGGCAAGGUGUCGCUGUUGCCUUUCUUUUCUCAUUAGGAGCUUUUGAGGGGUCAUUGGCACAGGUUCUAGAAACCCGUAUACAAGACUACUUCAUCUGUUUAGAGAUGGGUGUGGCUGCUGUAAUACAUAUCCACGUCUUCCCUGCUGAGCCUUACAAACAUGGAGAGAGAUGCGAGCGAAAUGUUGCUGUCAUGGCAGAUUAUGCAUCCUUAGAAGCUCCACCAGAUCCCGAAGAGGCUCAAGACUGUGAAAGAUCUCCCACGUUACAUGAUUCCAUGAUUAAAGAAGGAGAAGAAACCCACCCAAAAAUCCAUCAGAGCGUCUGUGAUGUGGUCCUUGGGAGCGGUGGGAUUAUAGUCGAAGACGUGAAGUUCACUGUGUCCCAUGUUGUCGAACCAGUUGAAAGGGGACUCUGUAAACUGAACAGAACUUUUCAUCAUAUAUCAGAAAACAUGAAAAAGCAUGAGAAAUGCAAGAAUGAUUGUUGCUUAGUCCCUUUGAACUUGUCCACAAAAGAAAUCUCUAAUGUUUGAAGGUACCUUAAGUUAUAAUUGUUUAUAACUAGUUAUAGAAAAAAAAAAAUAGAAAACAGAUACUAGUACACAAACAUUUCUUGUGUAAAUAGUUUGCUAGUUGCAGAGGAAGUCAUUUUUGAAAUCUUGACGAUUCAAGGAAGGUUUUCCUUUCCUUUCCUUUCUUUCUUUCUUUAAACAAGAGCUGCUAUAGGUGCGCACAUGACAUCGAGGUAGAGAAGAUUUAUUUUAUUUUACUGUAAUUAUU